AGCAGCAGCUGCAAGGAGGGCGGGAUGAGGCCUCAGUGCGAGGUGAUCCCGAGGGCUGACCACACCUUGUUCUAAAGUUCCUGAAAUUUCAUUCUGUUUAGAAAGCAGCACCAGGUCAUUUUUCGCCAUCUUCACGAAGAGAUGGAGGCAGACGGGAAGCUCUCGCGUAUUGAGCGACUCACGUACUGUAUGGGGGAAAGGUGUUACUUCGCAUACUUGUGGCUCAUCAGGCUGAACGGCGGGCUGCCCUACUCGUGGCACCGGCCGCGCGGCGACCACGCCCGCAGGUGGUGCAUGGCGACUUGGGAAGGCCCUCGGAGCGUCCCUGUUCUCAUCCGCCGCCGCCAUCUGGUGCUGUGGUCUUAUUUUAUCGCCAUGCUGAUCUGCAGCUCCUUCAUGGCCUAUAUGGUAGUCAUCUUGCUACCAAGGAUGAGAGGAGAUCCCUCCUUGACGUCCCAAGCGAGGAUACUGAACAGCUUAGUGGGUUCAGUGGCCACCAUGGGGCUUGUCUAUUACCUCAUGGUGAGCGGCACGCAAUUGGCCAGGAUGGUGAGCCACCUGUACGUCUUCUCCUCAUCCUUCUACGUGCCAUUCGCCAUGGAGAAAAGCAGGAUACAAUUAACCGCCGUCUUCAUCAUAAUCGUGUCUUAUGUCUGUGACCUGGGUUUUUUGGUGAGGGGAUUCGCUCAGGUAAAGUCUGUGUACGUCAUCCUGGGCAGCGUCUCCUCGGUGGUACUGCGGUUCGUCUCCUUGGUGUCCGUCAUGCCUGUGCAGCUGCUAUUCCACUGCAACUCCCUCAGGAUAGCCAUUACGUACAACCAGGUGUUCCAAAGUUUCCACCACCACGUCUCGGGACAGCAGGCACCCGAGGGAGACGCAGACGAGGCGCAUCCCGAGCAGCUCGCUGACUCACUUCACAAGAUAAGACAGCAAGCUUACUCUCGCCGCGAGAAAAACAGGAAAGUACUCAACGAAUACCUGCCAGCCACUGUGGAGGAUGCUGUAAUGGUAACCGCCAGCAGCGCCCUCCACAUAGUGCACCACGCGCAGCACCACCAGCACCUGUUCAAUGAGUACUUCUCCGUGCCAGUGCUGCUCAUCAUGGCGCGCUCCAUCACCAGCCUCAUCUUCACAUUCUUCUUCGUGAUCUUGGACCUUCACAACAGGUCGUUUUCCACCACGAUGAAGCUCCUGCAAGAUGCCUCAUUCAUCCUCGUCAUCUGCCUGGCCCCUGAGGCUGUUGCGAGGCAGAGGAGAAAACUAAGAGGAGAAUUGUGUCGCUUGAGGGUCUUCUGUAGCGACAGACUCCACGCCAAGCUGGGCCGCGUGCUGGAGCUGAUGGACGAUGACCCAAACUUCAACGUGGCAGGAUAUUUCGUGGUGGCAAAGAGUUGCAUUAUACCGGUCACCAGCUUCAUCAGCACGUACCUGGUGAUUCUGAUCCAGUUCCACAUUAGCGAGUUGCAGUGUCCGACAGGGGACGCAAGGACCAUCGCCAACACCACUGACACCACCACCGACAUCUUAUACCACUGAUGUCCCCCCCUCCUCUCCCUGAUGUCUACUCCUAAUAAGUGAAAAUAAGGGAAGCUGCAAGAAGUCGUCAGGCCUGUAAAGGUGCACAUGUUUUCUUUUUUCUUUCUUUUUUUUUUUUUUUUUUAGCUCCCUACUAACUCGGCACAGACAAUCUGCUUUCAGAGUUUAUUCCAGCAAGGACAAAUGAAAAGACGGGAGAACAUACGAAAACACACAAAAGUACACACAUGGGAGAACAAAAAAAAAAAAAAAAACUUGGAAAACAAAAGAGAACAUGAAAGAAGAUAAAGGAACAUGGAAGAAAAUUUUAGAAAUGUGAGAAAAAGUGAGAAGAAAUGUGUUAAUGGAAAAAAAAAAACAAAAACAAA